AAUCUAGAACCUAAUUUCAAUCUUUUGUCAGAAUCUGUAGAUCUAGAUAGAUCUAGAAAUCUAGAUUUAUAUAUUUAUACUACUAUUCUAGAUCUAGAACAUCUAUCUAGAUCUAGACUAGAAUCUUCCUGAAUUUCAUUAGGCCUACAUGUCGUACAUGAUCACUUACACUAGGAGUAAUCAAAUGGCUACAGCAAUGCAACAGUCCAGAGAAGAACAGAAAGGACACACAGCAGAAGAAGAGACUUUUGGACCAAUGCCAUUAGCUAAACUGGAGGGCAAUGGCAUCAGUGCUGGGGACAUUAAAAAGCUAGAAGAAGCAGGUUUCUUUACUGUAGAGUCUGUAGCAUUUGCCCCUAAGAAGAUGUUGUUGUCAAUUAAAGGAAUCAGUGAAGUUAAAGCUGAUAAAAUUGUUGCAGAAGCUGCAAAACUUGUUCCAAUGGGCUUUACAACUGCUACAGAAUUCCAUCAGAAACGAUCAGAAAUAAUUCAGUUGACUACUGGCUCCAAAGAACUUGAUAAAUUGUUGCAAGGUGGCAUUGAAACAGGAUCAAUUACAGAAAUUUUUGGGGAAUUCCGUACUGGGAAAACUCAGCUUUGUCAUACACUGGCUGUGACAUGUCAGCUUCCGAUUGACAUGGGGGGAGGUGAAGGUAAAGCUAUGUAUAUUGAUACAGAGGGAACAUUUAGACCAGAAAGACUACUAGCUGUUGCAGACAGGUAUGGUUUAUCUGGCAGUGAUGUACUUGACAAUGUGGCAUAUGCUCGGGCAUAUAACAGUGAUCAUCAGAGCCAGCUUUUAAUUCAAGCAGCAGCCAUGAUGGCAGAGUCUCGCUAUGCCUUGUUGAUUGUGGACAGCGCAACUGCUUUAUAUAGAACAGACUAUGCUGGAAGGGGAGAAUUAUCGGCAAGACAGAUGCAUUUGGCUAGAUUUUUACGAAUGCUUCUACGUUUAGCGGAUGAGUUUGGUGUAGCAGUAGUGAUAACCAACCAAGUUGUGGCCCAGGUAGAUGGGGCAGCAAUGUUUGCUGCUGACCCAAAGAAACCCAUAGGUGGCAACAUAAUUGCUCAUGCUUCAACCACCAGGUUAUCAUUAAGAAAAGGACGUGGUGAAACAAGAAUAUGUAAAAUCUAUGACUCUCCUUGUUUACCUGAGGCAGAAGCCAUGUUUGCCAUCAACGCUGAUGGAAUCGGAGAUGCUAAAGAAUAGAAGUUUUCAGUGAAUAUAAACCAGCAAAACUCCUGGUAUUGGUUUAAGCUUUUUAAAAAUGUUCCUCUUAACAUGCAAGAACUAAACUACACAUUUUAUAAUGCUCUCAUGUUGGGUAUUAAAUGGUGAGUUUUCUUUUUCAAAAAAUACUCUGUGUUGAAAUGCUUGAUUUGUGUAAAUAAAAAGUAUUUAC